CGCCGGGGCCGCCUCUCCGGGGAGCGGCCCGGCAAGCGGCGGGGCGGGCGCCGUCCGCUGAGCUGAGCUGAGCUGAGCGGGGCGGGGCGGCGGGCGCGUCCUGAGCCGUGCGGAGCCGUGCGGAGUGAAUGGAGACUGAUUGCAAUCCUAUGGAGUUGUCCAAUAAUACAGGAUUUGAAGAGGAUUCUGAUUAUAGAGACUUCGAAGGAACAGAUGUGAAAGAUAUGAGACUAGAAGCUGAAGCUGUUGUAAAUGAUGUUUUGUUUGCCGUCAGCAACAUGUUUGUGUCAAAAACCCUUCCCUGUGCAGAGGAUGUGGCAUAUAUCAAUGUGGAAACCAGGGAAAGGAACAGAUACUGUCUGGAGCUCACCGAAGCAGGACUCAGGGUAGUAGCUUAUGAUUUUGAUCAGACUGAUGACAGACUGCAAACACCAUAUCAUGAGACUGUCUACUCCUUGUUGGACUCUCUCAGCCCUGCGUAUCGAGAGGUGUUUGGAAAUGCAUUACUACAAAGACUAGAAGCUUUGAAGAAGGAAAGUCAGUCAUGAUUUACCCAGAUAUGAGGAAGAUUUAGUGCCAGAAGGAAUUCUUGGUAUGAAGCACUGAGAUCUUCCUACAAACUUCUUAAGUUUCAUUUCUUGCAUUAAAGUCUACUUCAUGCUAGUACAUUAUAUAAUAUUUUGCUACCAUGGAUUUGCAUAUAUCACACUGUUAUUAAAAGCUGCUUUCAUAAAUGGCAGAAAAAAUUCUUAAUUUUACUUUUUAUUGUAAAUGAGCAUGUAAGUUGCUCCAUGGAGUGUUCAAAAACCUUGGUCUCUUUUCCAAGUCUAAUUAUUCAAAACUAAAAAGAAAUAGAGACUGAAUGUUAUAGACAUAAGUAGUAAUUCUUCGUGUGCUUUCUGAUACUGCUGAUAAUUUUCAUGCCUUCUUUUUAAAAUAGAAGGUAACUACUUGCUCUACCCAGUUAAUGAAAAAAUAACUGGAAAACUUGUGCAAAGAAUUCCUGCUGAUUUGCUAUGCAUAAAUCUGAAAGUUGUCAGCUUUGUAGCUAGAAAGAUGAUUCUUCAACAGUUGAGUGUUGCUUAUAUAGUGGCAGUAUCUGACUUAAAAGUAAAGCUCAGCAUUAAUUGAUCUGUCCUUGUCUAUGGCAACCAGCAAGCUCCAAAUAAUAAACGAGAUGAACUGCUUAUAAUAUGAAUGUAUUAUCUGAACCACAAAUGAUUAAGCACAGAAUUAAUGGGCUACACAUUUCCUAAAAAUGAAGUUAUCUAUGCUGUAAAUAUGUACGCUAUACUACAACAGUUUGAGAGGCUUGGAAGGACUGUUUACUAUUUUGAAUGUGUGUUUACAUGAUGUACAGGAUCAAGAGUAUUUUUGCUUCAGCCUUUACUUUCUAUAAUACAGUACUUUGGUACUCCCAAUUUUCACGUUUUCUCCCUUAAUUGUACAGUGUCCUCUCCUAAUGAAUACUAAAGUAAGCUCUGAUGUUAAUUGCAUUGUAUUGGUUUGAAACCAAAGGCUGUAUGAAAUUUGCUAAGACUAAUACAACCUGGAAGAUAUAACUUGUAUUUUCUACUUAAAAACUGGUACAACUGUCUUUAUAAACCUAUUGUUCUGAUAUAACUUUUCAAGUAUGUACUGAAUGGUAGACUUUUUAAAAAUUAGAGUUGGGUAGAAAUGCUUGUACAGUUGAACUGAUGUUCUGUGACAUUCAUACUUUUUGUAUUCUUCUA